CACAAUCUAAUGAAGUAUUCAUGGAAGUUGAUUGGUAUGAUUUUAAGCUUGCACACAUUUGCACCUUAGACACACACACACACAGUCACUUCUGGAACAUUCUAGGGAGGAGCCUGACAGGAACCAGGAGGUCCUUGUAUGGCCUGUAUCCCUACAAGUCCAGCGUGAUGGGACUGGAAGCUCUGGCCGACCACUCUGGGGACUGGGACAUCGUGCAGACCAUCGGAAAGGGAACCUACGGCAAGGUCUACAAGGUCACCAGCAAGAAGGAUGGGAGUCAGGCAGCUGUGAAAGUCCUGGAUCCCAUUCAUGACGUCGACGAGGAGAUCGAGGCGGAGUAUAACAUCCUGCGUUCCCUCUCCAACCACCCCAACGUGGUGAAGUUCCUCGGCAUGUUCUACAAGGCAGACGAGCAUGUGGGGGACCAGCUGUGGCUCGUUCUGGAGUUGUGUAAUGGGGGUUCAGUAACUGACCUGAUAAAGGCUUUGCUGAUGAGUGGAAAACGUCUGGAGGAGCCCAUCAUCUCUUACAUCCUCUGUGGAGCACUGUUGGGCCUGCAGCAUCUGCACAACAACAGGAUCAUCCAUCGCGACGUCAAGGGCAACAACAUACUCCUCACCACAGAGGGAGGAGUCAAGCUGGUGGACUUCGGUGUGUCGGCUCAGCUAACAAGCGCACGCUUGCGCAGGAACACAUCCGUGGGAACGCCUUUCUGGAUGGCUCCUGAGGUGAUAGCAUGUGAGCAGCAGUUUGACUGCUCCUACGAUGCCCGCUGUGAUGUGUGGUCUCUGGGCAUCACGGCGAUAGAGCUAGCAGACGGUGACCCACCUCUAGCCGAGAUGCAUCCUGUAAAAGCGCUUUUUAAAAUUCCACGAAAUCCAUCUCCCACACUUCGCAAUCCAGACCAGUGGUGCCGAAGUUUCAGUCACUUUAUUGCUCAGUGCUUGAUAAAAGACUUCGAGGCCCGUCCAUCGGUAACCCACCUGCUGGAGCACCCCUUCAUCAAGCAAGCACACAGCAAAGAUUCAGCCCUGCGCCGCCAGCUCUCUGCUCUCAUAAAGGAUCAGCAGAGCGUCGAGGGCAGGACCAGGACCAAACAUGAGAGGAUAAACACACGCAAAACGCUGCUCACUGAGAGCUGCCCUAACGACGACCUGGUGAUCCUGGAGGUUUUGGAUGAGGACACCAUCAUCACACAUCUCCAAAAGCGCUUUGAGCAGCUGCAGAUAUACACCUACGUUGGAGACAUCCUGAUUGCCCUCAACCCCUUCCAGAACCUGACCAUUUACACGCCUCAGUUCUCGUAUCUGUAUCACGGAGUGAAACGUUCUGACAAUCCUCCCCAUAUCUUCGCCACUGCGGAUGCGGCCUACCAGGGCAUGGUGACCUCCUGCAAGGACCAGUGCGUGGUCAUCAGCGGAGAGAGCGGAGCUGGCAAAACGGAGAGUGCCCACCUUAUAGUCCAGCACCUCACCUUUCUGGGGAAGGCAAACAACCGUACUCUUCGAGAGAAGAUUCUACAGGUCAACCCCCUGGUGGAGGCAUUUGGUAAUGCGUGCACUGCCAUUAACGAUAACUCCAGUCGCUUUGGGAAGUACCUGGAGAUGAAGUUCACAUCUACAGGUGCCGUCAUGGGUGCUAAGAUCUCUGAGUACCUCCUGGAGAAAUCAAGAGUCAUCAAACAGGCCAUAGGGGAGAAAAACUUCCACAUCUUUUAUUAUAUAUACGCUGGACUUUAUCACCAACAGAGCCUGAGGACGUACAGGCUGCCUGAGAAAACAGCUCCCAGGUACAUUGAGAGUGCACACGGCAAGGUUGUACAGGACAUCGUGUCCAGUAAACUCUACCAGGACCAGUUUAAUGCCAUUCAGCACUGCUUCCGUAUUAUAGGGUUUUCAGAAGAGGAGGUGAAUUCCGUAUACAAAAUCCUGGCUGCCAUUUUGAACAUCGGGAAUAUUGAGUUUGCCUCCAUCACCUCUCAGCACCAGACAGAUAAGAGUGAAGUGCCAAACUCUGAGACCUUGGAGAACGCCGCCGCACUGCUGUGCAUCGGGCCAGAGGAGCUCCAGGAGGCCUUGACCUCCUACUGCGUGGUGGCACGCGGUGAGACCAUCAUCCGCACCAACACCGUGGACAAAGCCACAGACGUGAGGGAUGCCGUGUCCAAGGCCCUCUAUGGCCGCCUUUUUGGCUGGAUAGUGAACCGCACCAACACCCUGCUGCAGCCGGACGCCCACGCCCGCGCGGCAGACAGUGGUGUGCACGUGGGCAUCCUGGAUAUCUUCGGCUUUGAGAACUUCAGGCAGAACUCGUUCGAGCAGCUGUGCAUUAACAUCGCCAACGAGCAGAUCCAAUUCUACUUCAACCAGCACAUUUUCGCCCUCGAACAGAUGGAGUAUCAGAGUGAGGGCGUAGACGCCAGUCUGGUGGAGUACCAGGACAACCGACCCAUCCUGGACAUGUUCCUUCAGAAGCCCUUGGGGCUACUGUCCCUGCUGGAUGAGGAGAGUUGCUUUCCCCAGGCCACGGACCAGACGCUCGUCGACAAGUUCGACGACAACCUGCACUGCAAGUACUUCUGGAGACCAAAGAGGGUGGAGUUGUGCUUUGGAAUCCAGCAUUACGCUGGACAGGUGUUGUACAAUGUGGAUGGGUUUCUGGAGAAGAACAGGGACACUCUCCCUGCCGACAUCGUGGUGGUCUUGAGGACAUCCGAGAACAAACUCCUUCAGCAGCUUUUCAGCAGUCCCCUCACGAAAACAGGUAACCUGGCCACCUCUCGGGCCCGUGUGACGGCAGCCUCGCGAUCACUCCCUCCCCCACUCAGCGCUGCCCGCAGCAAGGUGGAUACCAUGGAGAUGAUGCGUCACCCAGAGGAGACCACCAACAUGAGGAGGCAGACAGUUGCCUCUUACUUCCGUUACUCUCUGAUGGACCUGCUGUCUAAGAUGGUGGUGGGCAGGCCACACUUUGUGCGCUGCGUCAAGCCCAAUGACGAACGUGAGGCCCUGUGCUUCUCCCAGGAGCGCGUGCUGGAACAGCUGCGCUACACCGGCGUCCUGCAGACCGUCGCCAUCCGCCGGCAGGGCUACUCACACCGCAUCACCUUCGACGAGUUCGUCAGCAGGUACUACUACCUGGCCUUCUGUGCCCACCUCGUGCCAGAGAGCAGCAGGGAAAACACCAUCGCCAUCCUCCACAGAGCCAAGCUGGACAACUGGGUGCUGGGCACAACCAAGGUGUUUCUGAAGUACUACCAUGUGGAGCAGCUGAACGUGUUGUUGAGAGAGGUAAAGGCUCGUGUGGUGGUGAUACAGGCCUACGCCAGGGGCUGGCUGGGAAUGAGGAGGUACCUCAGAGAGAGGGAGAACCGCAACACCGGUGCCAUCGUCAUCCAAUCAGCAUGGCGGGGUUCUGCGGCCCGUCAGAAUCUGAAACGCAUCAAGCAAGAGCGCGAGAGGGCGGCUGUGCGCAUCCAGUCAGUGUACAGGGGACAAAGACUGCGCAGAGAAGUCAGACGCAGUCGCCAGCAAUCUUCAUCCUCACCCUCCUCAUCACCCAGGGAAGGUGCACCUAAAAGACAAGACUCUGACCGUCAAAUCCACAAGAGGAAGGUCAGUGGUGACAGACAGAGAGACGUUGACAAUAAAGAGAAAACAUCUGAUGAAGUGAGUGCAGAGGCAGAGACACAUCACAAACAAGCAGUGAAGGUCCUGUACCGUGCCCCUCGGCGACGAGGCCACCAGCCGAAGCUUCUGAACAGCCUGCAGGACAGUCUCUACUACGGCCAGCUCAACACAACUCUAGAUUACCAGGGGAGCAAGAGGAAACCCAGAAAACUUGGGCAGAUCAAACUCUUGGAUGCAGAGGAUGAGUAUUACAAGCUGCUCUCUGCAGUGGAGUCUGUCCCUGAGGAGGAGUCUGGAGAUCCUUCCCCGGCCCUUUUGGGAGGACCCCUGGUGAGCCGGAGCUGAGAGGAUGCCGGACUGCCCCCUGCCCUCCCUUGCCCACAGCAGCAGAAUCCAGAACUGAUUGACCUCGAGGAAGCAGAAUGUGACCCCUUCAGUUACCGUGCCCGGGAUCCCUUGGCUGUGCGUAGCCGUAUUGCCACACACAGAGCUGGGGGUCACCACUUCGGACGGUGCGCUGUCCCUCCUCUGGUGAAGCCAGGCCUGUCUGCACACCACCCCAGUUCAGCCUUUCAAGCGUCCGGCUCUGGUUUUCCGCCCAGCGGCGUGAGGAGAGGCAUCCGUAUCAGAUUUCGGAGGGGGAGGGUGUCGGAGCGCAGCAAGAGUAAAGCUGUGCUACAGCGCACUGGAGGCUGAGCACAAUGGCAGCUUUCUGUCAGGCAGGGACUUCAAAGGAGCAGUGAGCGACUGUUCUGACUUAGACUUUGUUGUAGAUCACUGAGGAAAUUCACAGAUGUUUUCUCAUACGAGACACCAUUACGGCGGCUCAAGUACCCGGGAGCCCCAAGCACUUCUCUCAUUUCUAUCCAUCUUUCCCUCUCUCUCUCUCUCUUUCUCUCUCCUUCUGCUUUCCCUCACUUUCUCUUGCUUCCUUUCUUGUGUGAGACAGAUGUGAAAACAGCUUUUUUUCUUCCUUUUCUGUAGCCCAGAAAACUGAAUUGUCUAACUUUUCAUUUCACGUUGACCUGAGCGAGUAUCAAAAUAAAGUAAAAUGUAGUUUUUAAAGAGUUAUUACCAAAUAACACAUGCCUAACUGUGUAAAUCUGUGUGAGUUAAUGUAUGAAAUGGAUUUUGAGUUACUUGGAUACAUUGAUUGUCUCCUCAUUAUUGUGUCUCAUGCGCUCUUGUGCUUAAUACAUAUAUAUAUUAAAGUCAAUCCAGAGGCA